GAUUAAACGCCCUCAUUCCACUUGCUCGCGACCAGACCAGCCGCUACCUGCCCUACGUCGUUGACUCCGUCCCUGCGCCUGUCGGACUUUAUCCACAGGAAAAGACUUUCGACUCUCCGGAUCAGCGGCGCUCUUCGGCCCAUCAGCGACCGCAUUCCAUCCACGUUCAUCGCCAUCUCAACUCUUCGAGCCUACCGCUAUGGCCGUCCGUGACCUGGUCGCCGAACCCUCGCUGCUGCCUGUGCUGUCCACCAAUGCCGAGACGCGCGAUCAGUGCCAGCGAUUGCUUGCUGCCUUGGAUCCGACCGCUGAUUCCGACCCGCAAGAAGCUGCCUUGGCCGCAUCGAAGGAACAGAAGCGGUUAUUUGCUCUGCUGGCUCGCCUGCGUGGUCAAAAUCGCGAGGCCAUUCUCCGUGUGCGUGAGACGAAACAAUCCACCGCGGAAGGUCGCCAGGAGAUCGAUCGGUUACAUCUUCAGCUGCAGAACCUGUACUAUGAGCAGCGACAUUUGACGGGCGAAAUCGCCGCCUGCGAGUCUUAUGACCACAAGUAUCUUGCUCUCCCUUUGAUCCCCGUCGAGGAGUUUCUAGCUCUGUUCCCCGAACACAACGACUCCGACGCCCACGAACUGAUGGUCGCUCGAAUCAAUCAUGAACACGCCGAGCGUGAGAAACUUGAACAGGCCCGACAGGAACUCCUCAAGCGCAAGCAGGCCCUGAUCGCCGAGAAUAACAAGCGAAAGGAUGAUUUGGCCAGCUUGGACCAGGAUCUGGAACGGUUUAUCGAUGCCGCCAAACCUAUCCAGAAACUAUUCGAGAAGGAGUAUUAGACAACAUGGGGAGGUGUUUGGGGUUUGUCCUUUUGUGUUUUAUACUGUAGACCAAGAUACCCGGAUUGUUUGGUUUCUUUUUUGCAUGAGAAUGAUAAUUUGCGCCCGUAUGAACCAAAUAUUGAUAAUUUUAAUUGCUC